CAAAAACCGUUUCGGUGCACGUGCGACGCCAACCGCCACGGAUGUCGGCGCUGUUGAUCGAAUGGCUCAACCGAGACUUCCAUCUCCACCGACCGGUCGUGUCGAUGGAAAAGGACCUUAGUAAUGGCUACCUCCUUGGCCAGGUAUUGCAUGCGUUGGACUUGAACGCGUCGUUCCCAGCAGGCUACCACGACUGCGACACGGUCCCAGCGAUGGUGGCCAACAUGGAGCAGUUGUCGGCGGCAUUGCGACCCAUUCGCGUUGCAUUUCCCGUCGAAUUGGCACGAGGCAUUAUGAUGGAGAAGAAAGGCGCGGCAGCUAAAGUAUUGAUGGACGUUAAAACGUAUGUGGACCAGCGCCACACCAACCCGACUCACGCGGUGGCGUCCACGACGUCCGUUCGUCCUCCAGCCCAUGGCACCCGACAUUUCCGCCCUAUCGAUCCAAACGACACCAGCGAGCGGUUUGUGGAAACGUUGAUCAACUCCCUCGACCCUGCCGAUGUCAACAACCUCAACCGCAUCGAUAUGGCCAUCCAUUUGCGCAAGUUUUCCCAAUUUAUGUGGGACACGGACCACGAAAACGCCACCUUCUUUGCGUCCAAAUCGCAAGAAUCCGCCGCAGCGAGCGCCGAUCGCCGCCACGAAGCGCAAGCGCAUAUCCACGAGAAGCGGACGUUUUUGCAGCAGUGGACCCACGACGGGGAAGACGCGUGGGUCGUCAACCAAUCGGUGCAAUCUACCCGCGAAGCCACGGAGCUCCAGUUUGAACUGAGUCUGCGUGAGAAGCGCCGGCUGAUUGUAGUCCAGCAAAAUGAUACAGCCGCCGCCGACCUCCACGACGGCGUUGCUGGCUUCGACAAGAACUUCAAGCGACUAGGCAUCAGCAGCGGCGACGAAGAUGCGAACGUGCGGCUUCCGCCCAUCCAAGGCACGGGACUGGAACACUUGGUCACGCUGGAAACGAGGGUCGACGGGUGCCACUUCCGCCCCGCCAGCAACGUGCAAAUGAUGAAGGAGCUCCGGGAACGUCGUAAGGUGCACUUGCACGCGCAAAAAGAACGCGCGAGUCGACGCCGCAAGAUGCUCGUCGACCAAACUCGCAACACCAUUGAGAUCCAUCGAAAGACGGAAGAGGGGCUCCUCCUUAAGCGCUUGCUUCACGUGGGCAAGGCACGACGCGAAAUUCUAGCCAUGCUAUGGCUGGAGCAUCAUGACCAUGUCCAAGCCAAGUCGGACAAAGCAACACAGCUCGCCGCUCGAGGAAAAGAAGCUGCCGAGGCCAUCGAAGCGGCGGUCAAGAACAGUUUGCAGGCGUUGCAUACUGUUGCGACGGCGACCCCUCGCCUUCGGGACCAAGAGCUCAAAGCCCGCGCCGCAAAAGAUUGUACGGCGUUGGCAAUUCAGAAGCGACACGAAGGGCAUUAUCAAAUGUGCCGCGAUGUCGUGCAUAUGUUGAUCGACAUGGUUUGGAUCCUGAUUGCGCACAGGACGACGACAGCCAAAGCUCCCAUGGCCCCGCAAACAUACCGGGCGUUGAAGCUGUCGUUUGUCGAUGGCACAGUGGUACCCAAGCCGCCGAAGAAUGCCAACACGGCGGCGGGCCACAGUCGGACCGAGCUGCACAUGCUGUUGUCCAACUACAUGCAUGGCAGCGGGGUUUUCUAUUCGCCAGAACUUGGUCGACUUCCCGAAGCAUCGUCCGACGAUAUCACGCUCGUCGAAACUACGUUGCACCAACUCAACACCAAGUCUAUGGAUGAAAUUGUGGUCACCAAGUGGAAGCCACUAGCGCCGCCACGGCCGCUCUUGCUGUGCUGGUACACCAAGGAUCCAAACUGUGUGUUGGCGAAGACCAUUGCAGACGACACGGGCUUGCUCGUGGUGACUGUGGACAGCUGCGUGGACAAGAGCGUCAAGCUUGGCGAACGGGUCAAAGGCGGCGAAAAGUUGACUGCCCCCGAGACCGAGUUGGCAUCGUUGGGGAACAAAGUGGUGGCCUUGCGAGCCAAGAAAGACAACGCUAUCCCGGAGGGAGUGAUCAGCGACAUCGUGAACAAAGCAAUAUUGCUCUUGCUUAUGCAUCCCCCCGACUCGUUGUUCGUCGGGUGCAUUCUGUUGAACUUUCCCAGAACCAAAGACGAAGCCAAGGCCUUCGAGGUGGACAUGGUGCGUCGGAUGGUUGAUUUGACUGAUGCAGAGUCGGUUGCUCGGGUUGCACAGCUCAAUGCAGUCUUGGACGACAAGAACCCCCUUUCUGAACAGGACCUCCUCGCUCGACCUCCCCCCGCCUCUAGCAUCGACUGGGUCGUUUUCGUCGACCCGUCCGAUGAAACUGAUCUCACAGUCGAGGAUGACGCUGCUGCGAAGGAUGAGCUCCGUCUCAAGUUGACAGUGUGGAAAGCUAUGCAGACGACGUUGAACUCGUUUUGGAAACCAUUUGGAUGUGUGUACUCGGUCGAUCCGACUACAUCGACACCGUUCGCCACGCUGGAAACGUUGCAUCUGCUGCUGGAACUUGUAGCAACGCCAGCCGACACGUCGCUCCACGCAUCGCGUGUCCGGGACAUGAACGGGUUCCUCCAGACCUUGCAAUUAGCCAAGCAAUCCCGACGCCAAAGUCUCCCGCGUCCGGAAUAUUUGUACACUCAGCAAUUAGCUGGUGAACGCAGUCUGUUGCCGGUGGAAUUGUGUCCCAAGCUGUAUGAGACGUUGGUUCUACAGGGCGUCGCGACUGUUCAAGCGAAACGCAAGGCACUGUUCACCGACUUGUACGAUAGUUUGCUGCAACUUUCAGAGCAAUUUCGAGGGCUGCGGACAGCCUUCUUAAACGUCCUGUGUGGCCACACCCAACAACGCCAUAUCGAUAGCACGUUCCAGCGGUUGCGUGCCCUUGGAACGACCAACCCACGGACGCAAAAGGAGCAAGCCAAGAAGUUGAUGUCCACCCUCGAAGUUACACUGGGCGAUAUGGUGGACACGUCGCGCAAAGCUGCCAACGACUUCUUGCUCGCUCGACAACCGCUGCUGUCCCCCACAACGUUCAUUGCCCAUAUCGAAGGGUGGUUGGAACAGCUCGUCACGACUGAGAUCACGGCCUUUGAGGCUCGCGACGCGGCACUGGACUUAUACUUUUAUCAAGUUGAGACCCUUGCGAUAGGUCAGGGCGAUAACACCAAGGCAAUUCCAGCACCGUUGCGGCCGUUGAUGGAUGCAUUGGGGCAUUGCAUGUCGAGCAAUCCUCACUUCGGCGCCCUUCUCGCGCCUCUCGCCUCAUUAUGUGCACCUCGUCCCUCAUCGUCUCGUGGCGAGACCUCAGCAACACCCGUUCCAGUCGCGCCCCAGUUCCUUUCUGACACUACAUCAAGCACCACUCAACCUUCUACUACUGACAACCAGAAUAGCGUCACCAGUACACCAUCGCCCCCUCAGCUGACGGACGAUAGUGACAACAUCAGUGCAAGACGGCUGCGCAUCAUGUGGAGCGAGCGCGCGCUGGUCAUUCAACGAGUGCUCGCGGCCAUCGACUUUGUCACCCAGCUUAUUCGUCGUGUGGAAACGGUUGACGAGACAGAGCGGCAGGCCCUCGGCAAUGUCACGGUCGAAUACAUGCGGCAGGACCACAGCUUCAUUCAACAAGUUCUGAGCGAUUUGGCGCAUCUGCAGCCUUCGAUCGGACCCACGGCUAAGGUCGUGGCGUGGCCUCGAAGGCAGGGCCUUGAGACACCGUGGAUUCGCCACAGCGUGGACAUUUCAGCCCACAGAAACUACUUGCAUCCUCGACAUGUCCUCGUCGUCGCGAAAGCGCUCGCGUCGGCACCAGAGCAAACUGACGGACUCGUCGAGUUGUCCAUAUUCAGCCGCAUCGUGCGCGACACGGCUCUUGUUCGGGAGGACGAUGCAGGAGGCGGCGUUAGCACCCGCGCGACCAAGUGCUCCGACGAGAUGCCGUCAUUUCCCGAGUUCUGGAUAAACUUUGCCCGAGUGUCACAUGCGGCUCUGCCAUUUUGCACGGCGUCACACCUCGUCGACUGGCGGCGUUUUCUGCUCAGCGUCUUGUUCGUACAAUGGGUACCACCGCCACGCACCAAGCAUUUGCAUGCGCUCUUGUCCCCUCGGACACACAUCCAUGACGAUGCGACGACCUCCUCGGGGUCCCUUGCGGAUGCUUACUGGACACAGUCGGCAUUUGCGUCGCUGCCCAUGUGGCUGGACAAUGUCGUGGAUCAACCAGAAGUGUUCAAAGACUGCCUGUACCACAUCUUUGCUCUACAGGACACUCGCGUUCCCGUCGCGACCUUUGUGCUGCAUUUGUGCGUUUCGACUUACCCGACGGACGUCGUGUCGGCGUUGCAUGGGAGUCUGGCGCCAUUUUCACGAGGAUUGGCACGGGCGUUCCGUUUCUUGCUAGCAACACCGUCGUCGUCGUCGCCUCCAUCCUGGGAUGCUUCGAAGUUUCGCCUCUUGCUUAGUGUAAGUCAUGUCGCCGACGUGGAUAUCAUCAAGGUCGUGGACGGCUAUGACUAUUCUGUCACUGACGUCGAGUCGUUCCUUCACUAUUGCGAUGCGACUAUUCCGUCGCUUGCGGCGCGAUGGGCCUUUCACAACGUUUACGACCACCUGGUUGAAUAAAGUGCAUGUGGCUCUGCCAAGUAAUACCUGGAGAUCUGCUAACAUUACAUACAGUGGUUGUAAAUGCUAUACCAAGGAAAUUACUUCACAUGUUUGAAGUGACUUGGAUCUUCUAAUCAAAUUAGCC